GGUCCGAAGGACGUCCAGCGAAGUAGGCCGUGCAACUCAGGGUUUGCUGAGUGCUUGCCGCUGUGGGUGGUGAAUGCGCGCUAGAAGCUACUCAGGUGCAAGCUAGGAUGAAACAGUUGCCUGCAGCAACAGUUCGCCUCCUGUCCAGUUCUCAGACAAUCACGUCAGUGGUCAGCGUUGUGAAAGAGCUCAUUGAAAACUCCUUGGAUGCCGGAGCCACCAGCAUUGAAGUUAAACUGGAGAACUAUGGAUUUGAUAAAAUUGAGAUUCGGGACAAUGGUGAGGGCAUCAAGGCUGUAGAUGUCCCUGUAAUGGCAGUGAAGUACUACACCUCGAAGAUCAGCAGUCAUGAAGACCUUGGAAAUCUGACAACUUAUGGUUUUCGUGGUGAAGCCUUGGGGUCAAUAUGUAAUGUUGCGGAGGUGGUAGUUACAACAAGGACAUCUGCUGAUGACUUUAGCACUCAGUAUGUUUUAGAUGGCAGUGGCCACAUACUUUCUCAGAAGCCUUCACAUCUUGGUCAAGAACUGUACUCUUGAUCAAGAGGAUGUGAUAAACACAGAAGUAGAGUAAGCACACUGGGAGGAAGUGCACUUUGAAGAGGAAGCACACUGGGAGGAAGUGCAUGCUGAAGAGGAAGUACACUGGGAGGAAGUGGACUCUGAAGAGCAAGCACACUGGGAGGAAGUGGACUCUGAAGAGGAAGCACACUGGGAGGAAGUGCACUUUGAAGAGGAAGCACACUGGGAGGAAGUGCACUUUGAAGAGGAAGUACACUGGGAGGAAGUGGACUCUGAAGAGCAAGCAUACUGGGAGGAAGUGCAUGCUGAAGAGGAAGUACACUGGGAGGAAGUACAUGCUGAAGAGCAAGCACACUGGGAGGAAGUGCAUGCUGAAGAGCAAGCACACUGGGAUGAAGUACAUGGUGAAGAGCAAGCACACUGGGAGGAAGUGCACUCUGAAGAGGAAGCACACUGGGAGGAAGUGCAUGCUGAAGAGGAAGUACACUGGGAGGAAGUGGACUCUGAAGAGCAAGCACACUGGGAGGAAGUGUACUCUGAAGAGGAAGCACACUGGGAGGAAGUGCAUGCUGAAGAGCAAGCACACUGGGAGGAAGUACAUGGUGAAGAGCAAGCACACUGGGAGGAAGUGCACUCUGAAGAGGAAGCACACUGGGAGGAAGUGCAUGCUGAAGAGGAAGCACACUGGGAGGAAGUGCAUGCUGAAGAGGAAGCACCCCAUGGCAGAAAAUGCUCUUAGAAGAGCAAGCACACCCUUGCUUUUCUAAGCAACUUGUAGCAGGAAGUGCACAUAGUUUUUAUUCUAAGGUACAACUGUAACUGCUCUAAAGUUGUUUAAGAAUCUGCCUGUAAGAAAACAAUUUUACUCAACAGCUAAAAAGUGUAAAGAUGAACUAAAAAAUGUACAGGACCUUCUCAUAAGCUACGGUGUCCUGAAACCUGAUGUGAGGAUUACUUUUGUACAUAAUAAGGCAGUUAUUUGGCAGAAAAGCAGAGUUCCAGAUCACAGGAUGGCUCUAAUGUCGGUUCUGGGAACUGCUGUCAUGGGCAACAUGGAAUCUGUUGAGCAGCACUGUGAACAGUCGCAGAUUUACCUAAGUGGAUUCUUCCCAAAGCACGAUGCAGACCACAAUUCCACAAGUCUUUCAACCCCAGAGAGAAGUUUCAUCUUUAUUAAUAGUCGGCCAGUACAUCAAAAAGAUAUACUAAAGUUAAUUCGACGCUAUUAUAAUCUGAAGUGCCUAAAGGAGUCUACCCGCUUGUAUCCCAUUUUCUUUCUGAAAAUUGAUGUUCCAUCAGCUGAGGUGGAUAUAAAUCUAACACCAGAUAAAAGUCAAGUGUUAUUACAGAAUAAGGAAUCUGUUUUAAUUGCUCUUGAAAAUCUGAUGAUGACCUGUUACGGACCACUACCCACUACAGAGUCUUCUGAAAAUAACAGAGUAGAUAUUUCCUCAGCCAACAUGGUUGUUAGUCAAACAGCCGAAACAGAUGUGCUUUUUAAUAAAAUGGAAUCAUUUGGAAAUAAUUAUCCAAAUGCUGAUACUUCGGCUAUUCACUUCCAAAAGGAUGAAUCUAGAAAAAACAUUGAUCAUCAUUUAAAUGAACAGAUAAAUAUAGGCAAUUAUUUUGAUGGUCAUUUUAGUGGUGACAUUAAUAAGGACACAUUUCAAAAUAUUCCUAUGAAUAAUUUAUCAUCAGAGACUAAUCAGAGUAAUCACAGUGAAACUCAUUCUGUAGGUUCUAUGGAGCACAUCCAAGGAGAAAAUGGCAGGAAUGGUACAGGAGGAAGUGGGGGAGAUGGGAGAGAAACACUUCCUGAGAAAGCUCUGGAAAUCUGUGCAGACGAUUGGAGCAAAGGAAAUUUGUGUAAUUCAAUGGGAGAGAAUAUCGAACCUGUGAAAAUUUUAGUGCCACAAAAGAGCUUAUCAUGUAAAGUGACCAGUAGUCACCCACGCCUUGAACCAGAGACUCUCAGUGAUGGUCCUUGUAGCAGAACAUCAGAUGUAAUCCAUAACAGAUCUGGACGGCUUACAGCCUAUGACUUAAUUAGCAGUCGAGCAGUCAAGAAGCCCAUGUCAGCCAGUGCCCUGUUCAUUCAAGACCACCGCACUCAGUUCCUCACAGAGAAUCCCAAGACUGGUUUGGAGGAUGCGACAGAACAAAUCAAAGCACGAUGGGAGACACUGAGUGAAGAGGAAAAGCACAAAUACGAGGAAAAGGCUAAAAAAGACUUGGAACGAUACAAUAACCAAAUGAAGAAAGCUAUUGAACAGGAGACACAAGUAUCAUUGAAAGACGGCAGGAAAAAAAGGGCCACCAGUUCGUGGGGCUGGACACAGAAACAUAAGGUGAAAGACUCAUCUAAUCAGCCAAAACUUGAUGAGCUCUUUCAGUCCCAGAAUGAAAAGAAGAAGAGUGAAAAUAUUAAAAUAACAGAGAUUCCCUUUUCUAUGGAAAACUUAAAAGCGAACUUGAAGAAACAAAAGGAAGUUGACUUAGAGGAGAAGGAUGAGAUUUACCUGAUCCACAGUCUCAAGUUUCCUGAUUCGUGGCUGGUCACGUCCAGAGCCGAUGUCAUGUUACUGAACCCAUACAGAGUGGAGGAAGCCCUGCUAUUUAAAAGACUUCUUGAGAAUCAUAAACUCCUUGCAGAACCACUGGAAAAGCCAAUUAUAUUAACAGAGAGUCUUCUUAAUGGGUCUCAUUAUCUAGAGGUUUUAUAUAAAAUGUCAACAGUUGAAGAAAGAGGCAGUGGAUCAGCUUACCUGUGUGACCCUCGUCUUACAGCAAAUGGCUUCAAGAUCAGAUUGACACCAGGAGUUUCCAGUACUGAGAACUACUUGGAAAUAGAAGGAAUGGCUCAGUGUCUCCCAUUCUAUGGAAUAAUGGAUUUAAAGGAAAUUCUUAAUGCUAUAGUAAACAAAAAUGCAAAGGAGAUUUAUGAAUGUAGACCUCGAAAAGUAAUAAAUUAUCUGGAGGGAGAAGCCGUCCGUCUAUCCAGACAGCUACCCAUGUACUUACCAAGAGAGGAUGUCCAAGAUCUUAUCUAUAGAAUGAAGCACCAGUUCGGAAAAGAAAUUAAAGGCUGUGUUCAUGGCCGCCCAUUUUUUCAUCAUUUGACCCAUCUUCCAGGAACUUCAUGAUUAAGCUUAUGACCAUUAGUUACUAUGGAAACUGAUGUGGUUCUUAACCCACUUUGUCCUAUCAUGUAUCAAAGUGAUUAUUUGUAUACUGGAAAAGGUUUUUUACAGCUAUAAAAUAUGUAUAAAUAAAUAAUAUGGACUAUAAAAUUUUGUUUUCACGUCCAACCUUCAAACCAAUUGUAGGUUGUAGGCUCCACAGUAGAAGGUAGGUGUGUUCUUGAAUGCUUGAUUUAUUAAGUUAACCCUGUUUAGAUUUUAUCCCUCAAAACAGCCUUAGCUGGCAUUCCAAAGAGGACUUUUCAGUCCUGCUUUAAAGUAGGAUGGGGCAGUGGGGAAGGAAAGUAUGACAAAAUAACAUAUUGCUGCCUCUCCAAUAUGAUAAUUUCUUAGCUUUAGUGUCAGAUUUUGUCAUAAAAUAUGGAAGGGAAGGUAAACGUUUUUACCAGAAAAAUUAGAUUACAGUAUCUUUUUCUCACAUAUAUUCCUUCACAAACCAGGUCUGUAUUCCAGUAUUUUACCAAAACUGGAAUAUGAUGUGUUUAAUACAUGUAUUUGUUGUCUAGAGUAAGAUAUGUUGGAGUGGGUAUAUUGUCUCUAUAGUUCUCAUGGGUCAUCUAUAAACUCUAAAAAGUGUAUAAACUAUUUUUUAUAAACUAUUGUGUAUAUUUAUAAACACAUAAAAAGUGUAAUACCUAGGGUUGUUCCUUUUGCUCAGCCUGUUUCCCCACCAAAGUUUAUUUUUCCUGUGACCCAAAUAUUGCUACCAUACAUGCACUCUCUCUCUUUGUAAAUUUGGGGCAUCUUACUGACUCUGUUUGUUUGGUGUUUGUGUGUGUGUGUGUGUGUGUGUGUGUGUGUGUGUGUGUGUGUGUGUGUGUGUGUGUGUUGCGUGUGCAUGUUUGCCUACAUUCAGAAGUAGGUAGAGGAAAGCACUGUUCCGUGGUAUUGCUAUCUCCAUUGAUCUCUUCUGGCAGGAUCUCUCACUGUUUUUCUGCCAGGCUGUCUGGCCAUUGCUGAGUUUACAGGCUCACACUACCAACCCAGCUUUUCUCUCCAUGUUGUGUGUGUUGAGGCACGGAAGCUGGGGAUCAGAACUCAAUUCCAUUCAUAGGAAAUGCCCCUACCUUAGAGCCAUCUUCCACGCCCAGUUAAUCCUCUUCAAUUGGACAAAUUGAGGGGUAACAGGUCACCAAGAAACAGAAGAAAUUGCAUCAUACAUCGCACUACCCCUGAACACCACCAACAAAUGUGGAUUCAUUUUCUAGGUAAAUCAGAUUGGCCCUACCUACUACAGUGGUUUCUCGAGUAGAGAAACUAAUUUUUGUAUUUCUCAUCUGAGCAUCAGUUUAGGCUUGCAGAUACUAUCAACACUCAUCACAAGACAGAGUGUUCUUAUUAACAGAUGACUUACCAUGAAAAAUGGGUCUAAAGGGGCCUCAGGGCCCACAAAGUAUAAGUAUUUGAUAGUAGGGGUGAUAUAAGACAUUCCUUGACGCCACUUUGACAAAUGCUUCUAGAGGAAAUGAACUCGGUCCACACAUCUCUUGACUACUUUGGAGCAGUAGGGUAUGGGAGCUGCCUGCUGUUCUCAUGGUUGUAGUUAGGUCAGCCAAGUUUUGUUACCGGCUCUUGACUCUGUUGGCUGGAGCCUACCUUCCAAGAGCUCCCCUCCCCCUCCCCCAGAAGGCCCCUCCCCCCUCAAUCCCAGCAACACCCACGCGCCCUGCACAAUAUGGCUGGAGCAGGCAGCAACGGAGAGACCUUGGCUACCCGGAUGGAGGUAACGGCUGGGGUUUGGGAGAACGGAGCAGGAUGUUAAGGAUGGGUUAGAAAUAUCCCGAGAGAAAGGUCUUAAAUUACUCACUCCUCCUCUAGGGUUCAUUGUCCUAAGCUGGAGAAAUGGAAGACUUUUAAAUGUCAUUUUCCCAGAGCACUGUUGGUAUCAAAAUGUGUUUAUAAUGGUCGGGUCGUCAUGGUGCUUACACCCACAUGGAGGCCUACUGGAGGUGAGGCCUACGGGUCGCUUUUGUACAAAUACUUUGCCAGAGCAGAAGCCAGGAGUGGUGUAAUCAAGUCUAUGGCAUUUUAGGAUAUUUACACAGUUAAAAGUGUUGGGUCCAAUUUAGAUGAACAAGUCUUUGUUUUCCUUGAUUAUUUAAAGCCCUCAACCCCACCCCCUGCUUGUUUUUGGUUUCUCUGUGUAGCUUGGCUGUCCUGGAACUUUCUCUGUAUACCAGGCUCUGGCUUCAAACUCAUUCACCUGCUCAGCCUCCCUCGCACUGGGAUUAAAGGAGUGCACUGCCACCACCCGGUUUCCUUGAUUGUUUAGUUGUGAUUUUAUAUAAACUUUGUGGCUUAGGUUGCAGUCACUGGAACCCAUACCUCUACAGCAAACGUUUCUCACUAAAAGUGUAAAGAAAAUGUUUUGCCCUGUUUAUUUUCAUCAUAUGUUUGCAAGAUCUCUCCAGUCUCAUAAAAGGUGGAGGAGGGGAGUGAGCGCCCUUAAAAUCAGGUUAGGGCUUACUCAUAGAAAGUAGGUUAACUUGACAGUUCCAACUGCAAAAGAAAAUGCUAGUGAGACACAAACAAAACACUGGUGGCAUACUGGUUGGAGCUCAGCUACAGAACAUUUGCUUAGCAUGAACAAAUGAUCAAGUCUCUGGACUUGGUUCCCAGCAUGACCAUCCCCUUGAAAAAAA